AUGGCCGAGGUUUGGCACGGAGAUGCAUGCGACUCACAAGCAAGUCUGUUGAUCCUCAGUCAUUCAAAUUUUCUCACAUUUGCUCUUGUGUACGCGCAGUCCAAGAUGGCGGAAGCUCUGGAUAAAAAGAGCAAUGUGGUAAAGGCAGAAGAAGCGCCCAAGGCUCCGCAGCAGGCGAAAGAUGACAUCGCAUCUGAUCCCGAGGAAGACGACCUCUCAGACUUGGACGAUGUUCUGGAUGAAUUCUCAAAUGUCAACCUCAGAAGUGAAUCCAAAGUUCCCUCCGCGCCAGCUCCAGCAUCCUCCGGCCCUGGCAGGCCAGAAGCCCCCGCACUCGACCCCGCGGAAGCUCUGGUAGAAGAUCAAAAUGAGUUUGAGAAGGAACUGCAGAAGCAGAUGGAGCAGCUGCUUGGUCAGGAAGGAUUUCCAAAGGAGUUUCAGGAUCUAAUGAAAGAGAUGGGGAAUGCGGUGGGCGAGGACGAUUUGGUAGCAGGCGCAGGAGUAGCAGGCGCAGCAGCACCUAUCGCAAGCUCCAGCAAGGCUGAGGGUGAAGCUGAGGCAAAAGGGGAGCAGACGUUCCAGGAGUCAAUACGUAAAACGAUGGAGCGUAUGCGGGAAUCUGGAGAUGCUGCGGGCGCCGCUGCAGCCAAAUCAUCUGAUGACGAUAUCCUUGCACAAAUGCUGAAGGAGAUGGAGUCGGGCAAUCUGGGUGGCGAAGGUGGUGAAGAGGACUUUAGUAAGAUUUUGAUGGGAAUGAUGGAGCAAUUGACAAAUAAGGAGAUCUUGUAUGAGCCGAUGAAGGAACUGAACGAUAAGUUCCCGGAUUGGAUGGAGAAGAACAAGGGCAAGGUAGACGCAGUCGACUGGAAGCGGUACGAAGAGCAGCAAACACUGGUGAAAGAGAUCACGGACAGAUUUGAGAGGAACGGUUACUCGGACGAGAAUGCGGAGGACCGAGAGUACAUUGUCGAAAGGAUGCAGAAGAUGCAAGCAGCUGGCUCACCACCGCCCGAUCUUGUCGGCGAUAUGAAUGCGGCGCAGGAAGCUUUCUCAGAAAUGGACCAAGGCUGCCCUACGCAGUGA